AGUUUUGCGCAGUUUUCCGAGCAGCCCUGAACGCACCAUAGAAUAGCUAAACGGAAGUUACGAGCGACAAGAAAUGAGACGACUUUCGCCGCAGGAAACUUUUUGAAGACUCGUUUCUCUAGAGUUUCGUUAACAUACAACAAAGCCGAGCCAUGACCAACAUUCAGAUCCGGAAGUAUCGAGACGAAGACGCUGAAAUCGUGAAGGAGAUCUUCGCGUUUGGGAUGAGCGAGCACGUCCCUUCGACCUUCACCCACAUUCUCAAACAGCCGCCCACCCAGAUGGUGCUCAUGUGCACGUUCUGCGCCCUCAUGGCCAGCUCAAAGUCCUUCCUGCUCCCUAUCCUGGCCGUCACCCUCCUCCUGGCCGGAGCCCGGCAGAUGGUUGUCCACAUGUUCAACAAAUACAUCGAGACGUCCUGCAAGAGCGACCUCCACAACAUCAGCGAGACGUACCUGAAGCAGAAGGACUCGUGUUUCUGGGUGGCGGAGAGCGACGGUCGUGUGGUCGGCACGGUGUGUUGCGUCCCCAAUGAGACGGCGGCGGGUUGCUUGGAGCUGAAGCGCAUGUCGGUGCGUCGCAGUUACCGCGGGAUGGGCAUCGCCAAGGCUCUGUGUCGGACUGUAGCUGAUUUCACCCGUGACCGAGGCUACGCUGCCGUCAUCCUGUACACAUCUGUGGUGCAAACAGAUGCUCAAAAGCUGUACGAGCACAUGGGCUACAAGAAGAUAAGAGAAUCUGUCGUUCCAGAGUUUUGGACCAAAAUAAUGAGCUUCACUGUGUUAGAGUACAGACUUGAUUUACAGCAGGACAGAAAAAGAGACUGAAAGGAACAUAAACACUGACAACAACCACAUUAGGGGAAUUAUUUACUGCUGUUUUCCUCUGAACAUCAACAUUGUGCGGGAAUAGAUGCACACGUUCUCCAAGAUCGUCUUCUUCCUGAUCCAGAACGCCGGGUUGCUCACCGGCUUCAUCAUCAUCCUGCUCAUCACCAUGUUUGUGAGUGACAUCAACCUGUGAUAGAAGAGACACAAACUGCAGUAAAAGGAGGUCCUGAGCUGCUUCUGUUUCUGCUCACACAGCCGAGCAGGAAAGGGAAUGUUUUGUACGAGCAAAAUCAAACAUUGAAAAGAGGAAAAAGACUUUUAUACUUUUGGAGUAUCGAUUUAGUGGAAUAUUUACUCCGUCAAAGCAAGUGAAAAAAUUAACACAAUAAAUUAUUUUUUUCAGUCUUCGUA